GUCAUCUUGGGCGCAAGGUGAUGCUUAGAGGAGUGGGAUGGCGGGGUAUUGGCUAUGUUCACGCGGCCGUUUCCCGCGCGACUCUGGGGCUUCCGUCUAGCAAGUCGCGCCGAAGAGGUUGUUCCUCAUCGCCUCAUUCGCGAAUCUAAGAGCUGAUGACGGUCUAAGAUGGAGUCGUCGGGAACGAUGCUCUACAUGUAGUGGUAGUGACGAGGAUGGUGGAUUGGGAGAGCUCAAAGACGGCGCUAUACCCAGUUGAGAAGAGCUUCCGAAUGUACAGUAUCUUUCCUCGACGCCUUGAACUUCACUACACUGUCGGAACUACACUGAAGGCUGGUGCAACCUCGGCGCAAGCAGCAGUAUAUAAUGGGUGGCUUCUGGGGAUGAGAAAGCCAUGAUACUGUAUCGAAUAGCAGUCGAAUAAUUCCCACAAGAAACCUCCGCGAUGCUCUCCGCGCUUCGAACCAUCCGAUCUCCGACGAGACGCGCCGCGACACAACUGCGCACCGCCGCGACACAAGCCCAGAAGCGUGCAGGCGACAUAUCCGACGCUUUCGCAUCGCUCUCAGGACAGGAGUUCACGCCUUUGACGCCCGAAUAUGCGGACCUCAAGAGCCGUCUGAUCCGUGGACACGAAGCCGAAGUACGAGAGUCUUGGGAACGCCUUCUUCGGGAUCUCCGCGAGGAGAUUCCGCUGAUUGUUGAGCGCGGUAGUCAGGUCAUUCCUGAGAUUGAUUUCAAGGAUAUCGAUAAUGCGCCCGAGUCUUUCAGCAGUGAGCUGCGGAAGAGAGGUGUCGCUGUCAUCCGGAAUGUAGUACCAGAGCAGGAGGCGCUGCAGUGGAAGGAGGACCUGAGAGAGUAUAUUCGCCAGAAUCCUCAGACAAAGGCCUUCCCCGCCGACAACCCUCAAGUCUUCGAACUAUACUGGUCGCGCACCCAACUCCUCGCCCGCGGUAAUCCGAACCUCCUCAAGACGCAAUCCUUCCUCAUGUCCUACUGGCACAGCCUCAACCCACACAUCCCGCUCUCCACAAAACACCCCAUAAGCUACGCCGACCGCCUGCGCAUGCGCCUCCCCGGCGACGCCAAAUUCGCCCUAGGACCACACGUCGAUGGCGGCAGCGUAGAACGCUGGGACGAAGAAGGUUACGGGUUAGGAAAAGUCUACGACUCGGUAUGGAAGGGAAGAUGGGAAGAAUUUGACCCCUGGGAAGCCAGCUGUCGUCUGCCCGUCAUUUCGGACCUGCACCAAGGCGUAGGCGCAUGCAGCGCAUUCCGCAUGUUCCAAGGCUGGCUCUCGCUCUCCAACACCGGACCCUUCGAAGGCACACUCCUAGUCAACCCACUGCUAGCAAAAGCAACAGCAUACUACCUCCUCCGCCCUUUCUUCAGCCCCAAACGCGGCGUCGAGCCCAGCGCGCAAACAACCUCCUCAUCCAUCACAAACUCCGCCGAUUUCCUCGCAUCAGAUAACUGGGAAAUGGACGCGACGCAAAACGCCUGGGUCCACGGCGCAACACCCGGUCGCGGCCAGGAACUGUCACAUUUACUACACCCCCAUCUCAACUUGCAGAAAUCCAUGAUCCACAUGCCCACCGUCCGUCCCGGCGACUACGUAGCCUGGCACUGCGAUACCAUCCACAGCGUCGACAAGACGCACGCCGGUACCUCGGAUUCCAGUGUCCUUUACAUCCCUGCUUGUCCCAUGACGGAGGAUAACGCCAAUUACCUUGUUCGUCAGCGCGAGAACUUUCUCGCUGGCACACCCAGCCCGGAUUUCGGUGGCGGUGUGGGGGAGAGCGAACAUGUUGGAAGGGUCAAGGCGGAGGAUAUGGAGGUGUUGGUAGGCGAGGAGGGGAGGAGAGGGAUGGGGUUGCUGGAGUGGGAUAGUGAUGCGCAAGGGUUGGGGCCGGGGGAGAGGGUUAUUCUGGAUCGAGCGAAUAAGAUUUUGGGGUUUUAUGAUUAGGAGAUUUGAGAAAUGGGAAGGUACGAUAUCUUCUUAAUGGCGUCAAUUUCAUCAUUAGCCCGUGCGCUCUUUCCAUGCUCAGUCUGGUAGCCUGGUUUGUCUCCAGCGCGCUUGCCUAGAAAAUGUAGCAAUCGACCUGUCAGAUCAAGCACCGCUCGACCGUAUCGAUACCACUUGUACUACCGCGACCAAUUCAUUGAUAUCGGUAGCUGU